AGCUGUUUUCCUCUCCGGCCCACCCCCUCCCCUCCUCGCCCUCCGUCCCCCUCACCUCCCCUGGGCCAUGGCCGACCUCGCCGCCGCCUCCACGCCCGCCCCGCCCGCUGGCUGGCGGCCACCCCCGCGCGCCGCUCCAGCCUGGGCGACGGCGCGCCGUGGUCGGCCCGCUUGGCGACAGGCGACCCUGCGCAGCCAGCGCGAGGGUGCCGAGCAGCCGCGGACGCCUGCCUCCGGGAGCUCGGCUGCCGCUAGAUCGCUCGCGGCCGCGGCGGCGGCCGCCGCGGCCACCGCGGCAUCCGCGCGUGCUCAGCGGGGCGGUUGUGGUCAUGGUGGCUGGCGCGCCAGCGGACGGGCAGGCGUCCGCGUGGCGCGGCGGCAAGGCACGCACGCCGCCGAGGCAACAGCUGCAGUGCCAGUGCCAGUUCCAGCGCUGGAGGACGCGGCCGAGCAGAGCGCGGCGCGUGUGGCUCGCUCCCUGGAGGUGUUGUCCGAGUUCAGCGAGGAGUCGCACCCAGGGCACCAGCCCGGCCGCUUCGCUGGUCCAGGAGCCGAGUACGACGGGAUGGAGUACGAUGGCGUCAGGUGGCACCUGAAGCAAGUGGACCUGGAGAGCGAGGGUGCCGGCCUCAACAAGAAGGAGUAAGAGGGAGAAGGCUCCAACGAUGGUUGUGCCGCCCUCGCGACGCUGUCCGAAGCCGACCGCACGCUCGCGACCAGAUUCGAGGGCGAGGGCGGCCUCGCGUUGUGCCUCUCGAGCGCGUUCAAGCGGUCUGACGGGAUCCGCGAGGAGGCCCGCCGAAUGCUGGAGCAGGCG